UUGGUUGUACAAAAUACUCAAUCAAAUGAUAAAAAAAUGUCUUAUAAAGGUUUCCAAUUAUUUUUAUUAUGUAGAAUAAAAUGAGGAUCUAGCAAUCAGUACAAAUAUUUUUAAUUCUUGCAUAAUUAUCUCUUACAAUUAUUUAACACAAGAAGAUGGCAAAAUUGAAAAUGAAUUAAAUAAAAUCAUGUAGGCUUAUGAUGACAUCUAUGAUUUAGAAGAAAGAAUAUUACAAUAAUAUAUUGCAUCAAAAAGAAUUAAACUUGAAGCAGCCAAACAUUGUGUUAAAAAGCAAACUUCUUAAGGAGCAUAAAAAGUUAGAAUAAUUAUUUAUUCAAUAGAUAUUAUAAGAAUUGUAAAAUAAAAGUUUUAAUGCCAAAAAUUAUUAUCAUAUGAUGAAUGGAUUUGAAUUAACAAACUUCUUUAAUAGAUAAGUAGAAUACAAAUUCACUAGAGAUGAAGAUACUCUUUUUCAAAUUAUGGAAGUACUAUAAGUUUUCUAUUAAUUAAAUAGGAAUUUUUAACAAAAUUACGAAAAGCUUCAGGAAUUGAUGAAUUUGAACUUAAUGAUUUAUAUCCUCAAUUAAAGAAUGAUGAAUUGAAAACUAGAAUUUUUGGAGUAGCUAUUGAAUCAUCAUGGCUAUCAUAUAUGGUUUUCUUUUCAGUUGCUUUUGUAAUAAUAUUAAUAAUGAAAUAUGGUAUUCUUUUAUUUUAUUUUAAAUAGCUUAUGUCACUCUUUAAGAUUCACUAAAAAGCAAAUCAAAAAGAUAAAAAAAAUAAAAAAAUUGAAAAUAUUAAAUGAGUAUUUUAAAUUAAG